AUGUCUGUGAAUGGAAAUACUGAUGAUCAUUCAAUUAAAGUUGUUGAUGAGAGUUCAUUAUUAGAUAAUGAUGAAUUAGAUCAAAUGUCACGUUCUAGAUUUGUGGAUGAUGAAGUUAUGUCUUUUUUUUCUGGUAUUAGACAAAAACAAAGUACUGUUUUAUCAAAAUCAUCUGUUGUUCCAAGUAUGAAAUUAUCAUGGCAUGAUAUUAAUUCAAGACCAUCACAAAAUAUUAAGACAAGUAAAGGUAAAAAAGUUGAUUUGUCAGAUGAAAUUAUAAAAAAAAGACCAUACAUAUUGAAGGAUGUUUUUGGUGUUGCAGAACCGGGAGAAGUUUUAGCAAUUAUGGGAGCAUCAGGAGCAGGAAAAACAUCUCUCCUUAAUAUAUUAACACAACAAAAUUUAUCUGGUUUAGCAUUAAGUGGAAAAAUUAAAAUAAAUGAUGUUGAGGUUGAUGGGCAACUUUUGAGAAAACUUUCAGCCUACGUUCAACAAACAGAUUUAUUUAUUGGAUCAAUGACAGUUGAGGAACAUUUAAAAUUUGUGGCAAAAUUAAAGAUGGGUCGUAAUUAUACAACAGAAGAGAUUGAUCAAAAAGUUUCAAUGUUAUUAGAUGAAUUAGGAUUAACAAAAUGUGCUAAAAAUCUUAUUGGAUGGCCACAUAAACAAAAAGGUAUCAGUGGUGGUGAAAGAAAAAGAUUAGCCUUUGCCAGUGAAAUAAUUACAGCACCACCAUUAUUAUUUUGUGAUGAACCAACAUCAGGAUUAGAUUCAUUUUUAGCACAACAAGUAGUACAAGUUUUAAAAAAAUUAGCUUCAAAAAAUAGAAUGACAAUUGUUGUAACUAUUCAUCAACCAUCAUCACAAGUUUUUGAAAUGUUUGAUAAAAUAUUAUUUAUGGCUGAAGGUAGAGUAGGAUAUUUUGGUACAAUAUCAGGUGGAAUAAAUUUUUGGAAAAAUAUUGGAUUACCAGUACCACCAAAUUUUAAUCCAUCUGAUCAUUUUAUUAAUACAUUAGCAAUUAAAAAAAAACAAGAAUUAAAAUGUCAAAAAGAAGUUAAAAAAAUUUGUGAUACAUUUCAAAAUAGUGAUGAAGGAAAAAAUUUAUAUAAUAAAUGUAUUGGUAAAAAAAAAGGAUCAACAACAGGAAUAGUAUCAUUUAAUGAUCUUUUAGAAGUUGAUGAAAAAUUAAAAAAUAAUGCUUCAUUUAAAUAUGAAUCAACAUAUAGUCAACAAAUGAUUGCAUUAAUAAAAAGAUCAUUUCUUGUAACAUUACGUGAACCAAUGUUAUUAAAAGUUAGACUUUUUCAAUCUAUACUUAUAGCAGUUAUUCUUGGUUUAGUUUAUUUUCAAACACCUGUAAAACAGGCAACAGUUAUGAAUAUUAAUGGUGUCCUUUUUCAGGCAGUUUCAAAUUUAAAUUUUAUGUUUCAAUUUGUUAUUGUAUAUAUAAUGUGUGAUGAAUUACCAAUAUUUUUAAGAGAACAUCAUUCAUCAUUAUAUAGAGUUGAUACAUAUUUUUUGGCUAAAAAUAUUGCUGAUAUACCACAAUUUAUUCUUUAUCCUGUUACUUUUUCAGUUAUUCUUUAUUGGAUGGUUGGAUUAUAUAGUAAUAUAUGGACAUUUUUAAUUUUUAUUAUUACUGGUACAUUAGUUACAAAUGUUGCUAUUAGUAUAGGAUAUAUGGCUGCAUGUUUAUUUAGAAAUGUAGGUGUAGCUGUUGCUGUAAUGCCAAUAUUUACCAUACCAAUGUUAGCAUUUUCUGGUUUUUAUAUUAAUAUUAGAAAUUUACCAUGGUACUUUUCAUGGAUGAGAUAUUUUUCAUAUUUUGGAUAUGCAUUUGAAACUAUGGCUAUUAAUGAAUGGAUAAAUUAUGAUAGUAUUGAAGGAUGUAUUCCUGUUCCAGAAACUAAUAUAACUAUACCACAUAAUUGUUAUAUGAAUGGUUAUGAAGUUUUACAAGAUUAUGAUUUUGAAGUUGGACAUGAAUUUAGAAAUAUUUUUUUAAUGAUUGCUUUAAAUAUUAUUUUUAGAUUAAUUGCAUUUGUUGCUUUAUAUAAGAAAUCAAAAGCUUAUACUUAA